AUGGAGAGACGUUUAGAACAAGUCAACUUGAAUGUGAGUAUGGAGAGACGUUUAGAACAAGUCAACUUGAAUGUGAGUAUGGAGAGACGUUUAGAACAAGUCAACUUGAAUGUGAGUAUGGAGAGACGUUUAGACCAAAUCAACUUGAAUGUGAGUAUGGAGAGACGUUUAGAACAAGUCAACUUGAAUGUGAGUAUGGAGAGACGUUUAGACCAAAUCAACUUGAAUGUGAGUAUGGAGAGACGUUUAGACCAAAUCAACUUGAAUGUGAGUAUGGAGAGACGUUUAGAACAAAUCAACUUAAAUGUGAGUAUAGAGAGACGUUUAGAACAAGUCAACUUGAAUGUGAGUAUGGAGAGACGUUUAGAACAAGUCAACAUGAAUAUGAGUAUGACGAGACAUUUGGAACAAGUCAACCUGAAUGUGAGUAUGGAGAGACGUUUAGAACAAGUCAACUUGAAUGUGAGUUUGGAGAGACGUUUAGAACAAGUCAACUUGAAUGUGAGUAUGGAGAGACGUGUAGAAGAAGUUGACAAGUAUACUUGUGAAAAACACGAAAUAAACUCCAAUGCCGUGUUUGCUGGGGUGGGCGGAGUUUAUGAGGCCCCGUUCCCAUGGAAACGCUGGAAGAAGUGCGCGUGGUUCGAGGCGGCUAUCGCAGUCGUGUCGCUCAACAUCCGGUACCUCGACAAGUUGGUUCCCGGCUACCGGAACUUCGAUCAGACCUUUCAUACUGACUAUAUAGGCUGUUUCAACUUCAAGCUGUGGCGGUUCGGUGAGUGGAUAGACCUGGUAGUGGACGACCACCUCCCCACCCUCGACAACCGGCUCCUGUACUGUCAGGCUUACGGGAACCCACGGGAGUACUGGGGACCCCUGGUGGAAAAAGCGUAUGCAAAGUGCAAGAAAACCUAUGAAGCUAACGAGGUGGGCCGUACAAUGGACGCGCUGACGGACCUAACGGGGGCGGUGUGCGAGUACUUCACGCCGGAUAUCAACCCUCCGGAGAACCUCUUCCACCUGCUUUACAAGUCGUGCGUCAACCGGUCGCAGAUGGUCUGCUGGCGGAACGACAAACUCCUCACUCCAACGGGAUUUACUUAUGACCUUCACCCCCAGGAACAGGAAGAGAUACCUGCGAUACAGCAGCAGACGGUUCGCUACUUGCACGUGCUUACAGCGGCCACAAAGUUCCCUCUGUCGGAUGGUCGGAUGAUAGAAAUGGUCCGACUGCUUUGUCCUUUCACCGGUGAACCGGUCUGGAACGGAAAAUUUGCCGAAAAAGACGAGAUCUCCUGGGGUACUGUGAACACGGAGUUCAUCAACAAAUACAAGCCCCUCGUCAACAAAGAGACGAGCGAGUACUGGAUGACCCUCGAGGACUUCCGGUGUAAUUUUGGGGGCCUUGUCGUCUGCAGUAGCGACAUUCCGUACACGACCGAGGGCCUUGUCACCGACCGAUGCUACCGUAGAAUGAGCGAGGAGGAAAUUAAAUUAGCAAACAACAAGUGGCGCAACAUCGAGGGGAAGCAGCGGCGGCCCAGCGGAGUCUCCUACUUCAGCUUCCACCGAAACUCGCAUCCGCACGUGGAGCGGAAGAAGAAACACAGCGCACACGCCAAACUCUCGCUAGGCAAAUCCGCUAGCGAAAACUCGGCGUCCAACGAACCCGGGCUACUAGUGCGUGAAAAUUCCAGAACCGUCAAAGUGGACAAUACUUAUAUUAACAAAAGUAAAGAGAGAUCAAGAAAACAGUCUCACCAAAUGAAACUUGGUGGUGGUGGUGGUUCCAAACAUAGUCAUAAGAAAUGCGCUCUGAUGGACAGAACGAAUGAUGCUGAUGCAUCGAAACGGGAAGCAGUGUUAUGCGAACGGAAGUACAGUGCUGAUGCUGGGCACCGAUCUAUCGGCCAUGAUGCAUGCGUUCAUCUUUCAUGCCUUGGACCAGCGAGUGAGGACACGGAAAGCUCUGCGGGCUCAACAGGCUCGACCUGUACAUUAACAAACCAGGACGGUUGUAAGGAGACCGUCUCCCGCCCGUCAUAUGCCGCUCACCGGAAGGGGAGCCUUGACUACAUGCAGGCGCGAUCCGAUAGCAUCGCUUCCACUUGUUCCGCCAUCUCUGAGUGCCAAAGCACAUUUUCCACGUCUGAUAUCACACUGAACAUGCAGUCGGGAUUAUCGCGGGAGAAUUCCUUGCGGCGACCGAAGAGCGCUCCCGGAACUUUUGUACGGAACGCUUCGUCUGGAUCCCUGCCAAACAUGGUGGUCAACAAUUUCAUGGCGUCCUCCUCGGACAAUUUCCGGUCGCAUGGUUCCUGGAGGUACAUAAUCGAGUACAAGGGGAAAUGGGACAAAAGCGAAUCCGGUGUUAGCAGCGUCGACAUGAAGCUCCAUAUGAGGAACCCGCGGAUACCGCUGCACGUGCUUCACCCGGACGCCAUCAAUAGAGUGGUCGCCCCUGGAUACCACGGCAAGAGUCACGUGAUUAUCUCCCUUGUACAGGACUACAGACAUGGCGCUAAGACGGCGAAUAGCCUCCUCAUGCCUAUCGGCUUCUCCGUGUAUAAGACGAAAAACCCGGUCCGGGAUGAAAAGCGCUCGCUUUCAAAGUUAUCCUUGCUGGGGGAAGUGACGUCAUAUAACGAUAACCGCGAGAUCUCAACGAGAUUCGACCUCUCUCCCGGAAGUUACUUCAUAGUGCCUUACUGUCUGUCCGACAACCACAGUGGUCAGUUCCUGGUUCGAGUCUUAGCCGAGAAGGAUCCAGUGGCCGGGAAAACAGGCUGGUUAGAUGUGACGUCAUAUCCGUAA